CUGAAUGGCCGCUUUAGGUACAAGGUUAGUCUGUUUGGGAAAUUUAGAAAUAUUGUGAAAAAAAAAAAUAUAAAUCAAGUUUGGAAAGCUGUAAUUUCAAAUUUUCAAAAAAAAAAUCGGAAGUUUGAUUAAUGGAUUUUUUGUAGUAUUAUUUACGGAGCGAAAAUUUAUGUUGAAAAAUUUUUUGAAUUGUCUGAAUUUUCAGUGGAAAACACUUUAACUUUUUUGAUUUCAGCUUUUUUUUAAUAAUUAAUUUAAUGAUCAAUUUUCUGAAUUGAAAAAUGAAAAUUAUUUUGAAUUUUCGAGGUUUUUCAAUUCAUAGAAUUCAAAAAUUGAACAAAUCUGAUGUGAGGUGAAAAAAAAUGAUAAAAAUUUUUAUUUCAAAAACAUCAUCAAAAUCUGAACCCCUAUUUUAUUGUUAAUAUUUUCGAUAUACUUUGUUAUUCCCAUUUUUUCGAAAAAAAAUGUGGCUAUAAUCACUUACAGUACUGUUCUCAACGUUUUUCACAUCAUAAUUUUUAUUCGAAUUUUUCGAAAUUUUCCACACAUCAGUUUUCACGAGGACUGGAGAAAUAAUUUUAACAAUCAGAGAAAAGUCUUCCUCCUAAAUGAAAAUCUCCGUGUGACGCGUUCAUUUAUUGUUGUGACUUAUUUUUAGCCCGUUUUUCUGUUUUUUCUCCUUAUUCACUGCGAUGAAGAAACCUCAUUAGCAAUAAAAUCGGCAUUAUUAUAAGCAAAAAAGAAGUCUAUGUAUUGAGUCAGUACAAAACAUUGGUUUCUAUAACAGCACCUUUAAGACUCUCUUCCUAUUGUUCGCAUUUUUUUUCACAUUUUUCGCUAGACUCUAGAAAUGGGCGGGAUUAAGUGCAAGAGAGACGUGUGAAUGAACGAAGAAAAAGAAAGAAAAAAAAAUGAAUAAAUAGAAUAGCGUAGCUGAAAUUGAAAUUGGUUUGGUUUUACAGGUGGCACUGUGGACGACGAGCCCAAACAUGUGGCCGCCAGUCGACGUUCGCAGUCUGACGGCCGAAUCAUUGGCCAGGGCAUCGUUGAUAUUGGCCGUUGAUUUAUUGUUAGUUGUCACUUCUUUUUUGAAUAUUACGGUCAUUGCUUUCAAUCCUGAUCUUUAUGAUGUUUUUGGAUGUUAUUUGGUGAGUUUUUUUUGAAACGGGAUUUUGUUUAAAAAAUCAGAUUUUUUAAUUUCAAAAGAAUUCUCAUAUUCUUGAUAAAUUGGCUGAAACAUUUCUAGAUUUUUAAAAAUUUUUAAAACAAAAAUAUACAUUUCCAAAAAUUAACUGAAAAAUCUUGAACUUGCUCCCAUUUUCUCGAAAUGUCAAGAUAUUUCAUGGAGAAAACUAUAAAUCAAAAGACUUUUGAAAUUAAAAAUCUCGUUUUUUAUUUGAAAGAAAUACAAUUCACAAGAAGAUUUAGCGAUUUUCAUUAAAUUUAGGUCAAAAAAUCCAAUUUAAAAAAAACAAAAGAAUUGUUCCAGAAAAUGAAUUUGAAAUAAUUCUUGAUCGAAAAUGUUUCAAAGAUCUUGUUUUUUAUUGAAAAUUGGAAUCCAAUUGUUGAAAUUUGAAAAUAUAGAGUCAUUUCCAAAAUUUUUCAAAAAAGUUCAACAUCAAAUCCACCCACACCUAUCAAAAUAUUCCUCAAAUGCGCGAAUAAUUUUUUGUGCUCUAUUUGUGAUGUGAACUUUACAUAUACAUACUAUCAAAUUUCAAAUAGAAACGAACGUUGAAUAGGUCAAACAAUUUCAAAACCUACGUCAUUGAUACUUGUAAUCUCCAAUUCAUUUAAUAUUACUAAUCCAAUCACAUUUUUCUGAUAAAUUAAUCUCAUCGAAACAUAUAUUUUUUUUGUUAAUGGGAAAAAUAAAAGAAAUCUGAUAUGAAAAACAGAAUUUUGUAUUAAAACUACAAUAAAAUUAUGAUGAGGAUUUUAAAUAAAAUGAAACAAACAAAAAUUUGAAAUAGGGAAUGAUAAAAUAUUUGUGGUUUUUUCCAGAUUUCAUUAUCAGUGGCUGAUUUAUUGGCAGCUGUAUUUGUGAUACCAUUAAGUAUUUAUUCGACACUUGAAGGAACAUGGCGUAUUGGUGGUGAUAACUCAUAUAUUUGCAAAGGUGCCGCUUACACACAAAUUGCUCUGUUUUGCUCAACAGUCUACACAUUUGCAUGGAUUUGCAUUGAUAGGUUUGUUUCAUUUUCCUUCUUUUAUUUUUCCUUCAUAUAAGAAAAAAAAUGACGUAAUGUACUUGCUCUUUUUCUCUUUUUUUGCUCUACUUGCUCUUAAUUGCCAUGCUUCAGUCAGUAAGCAUAACCUAACAUAACAUAACAUAACAACAAUAUAUAACUGAAGGAAAAGGAAAUGAGUAAUGACAACAAUGUUGUUUUGUAGUAAUAUUUAUGAAUUGCUUGAUCUCUACAAAUAUGGAAUUUUAGAGUAGUCUGAAGAGUGUGGAACAAAAAAUGAAACAGAAAAGUAUCGAAAUCGGCGGAAAUGUUUAGUGAGCACUUUUUUUUAGGAAUGAGAGAGUGAGAUUUUAAAAAAGUAUAGAGGGAUUACUGAUCUUUUGGAACAGGAGAAUUUUUAAUAAUUGAAAAUAUUGGAGAAAUGUUUUUAAAACACAAAAUUGUGAAGACAUCUCAAAGCCUAUUAUUCAACAUUUUCAGAAAAUAAUCUCUGAAAAUUUAGAAAGACUCUAAAAGAAACCCUAUUGGAAAUCUCACAGAAAUCAUGGGAUCUGAAAAUAUACCAUUCUUUCAAGCAUAGUUAAAUUUCACAGAUCUCCUUACUUCAGCAAAUUUCCAAACUUUCUUGAAUCAGAUCUGAUUCGAGUAAAGCCCAUCUGUUUUAACUUGCAAAGUUGAUUGAUUCACGACCAAAGUUUAAGCGGCUUUGCUGAACUUCAUUAUAGAAUACCUUUUUUUCUUUCUUUUUCGGAAAUAAGAGAAGAUGAACUUUCUUUUUUUGCAAAUUAGCUUCAUGACGUUCGAAAAACAAACUUUCUAUAUAUUCUUUCUUAUUUCGAGGGAAAAUAUGAAGGGUUGUAAGAAAGUAUCAUAUAAAAAAUAUUUUCAGAUACUCGGCAAUGAUGAAACCAUCUCGAUACAAUGAACAAUCUCUAACACGUUGCAAAUGUUGGAUUGUUUUCAGUUGGAUAACAUCAAUUUUAUUGUGCUGUCCGAUUAUUGUUGCAAGAAUGCAGGUUGUAUUUUAUUCUGAUGCACAAUUGUGUGUUCUUGAUUAUUCAGCAACACCAGCUUAUAGGUAUUUUUUAACAUAAAAAUAUUUUUGAAAUGAUCAUUAAUUUGAUAUUUUUCAGUGGUAUCCUUGCAAUUCUUGUGUUUGUUCCAACGCUGGUAAUUGUUAUCAAUACUGGUUGCAAAAUUCUAGCAGCAAUGCGGAAUCCAGAUGCGGUAAGAUAAUAGAAUUUUUAAUUUUACUAAUUGAAAAAAAUUCCAGUUAGAUGAUAGUCAACGAAUGAUUGUUGAAACGGAUCCGAAUUUUGUGCAGACCAUCUUCCUCUUUGUCACAUUUGUCUUAUCCUGGCUACCCUUGGUUGGACUGAAAAUGUAUCAAAUAUUUGGACCACCAUUAAACGAUGCUGAUCUUUCUAUGGUGAGUUUGAGAAAAAACACGUUUCUCUUCUUGGAAGAGGAAAACCUAUAAAUUAAUCAUUUUUGAAGUGUGUUCUAUGUGUGGGUAGGUGCACUUUUUGCACAUUUUUAUUUAGGUGUGAUUUUUAGAGAUUGAAAAAAGAUUAGGAAGGGAUUGGAUUUGAAAUAUUUGGAAACUAAUGAAAUAUGAAAUGAAUGACAUAAUUUGAAAAAAAAUCAAAAUUGAACCUUGAUUUUAGGAUUUAAAAAAAAAGAUCUUCAAGAUAAAACAAUUCUGCUACUCAAAAAAAAAUCACAAUCAAUAUAGCAAAAUCCAAAAAUUCUUGAAUUUGGAAUUCAAAAUCUCAAAAAUUUCAGGUAACAUUCAUAUUCGUGUGGUUAGCAAUUGCUGGACCAUGUUGCAAAUUCUUGAUCUACAUGUUCACAAACAAUGCUUUCCGUAAAUCGCUUGUCUCCUACAUUUCGUGCUCAUUUUGCUGUUCGAGUCGUAGUCGAUACGAAUAUCAUGAUAUAGGCAACAAUUCCUACUUAUAA